AUGGAAGAACAGCCCACGGUUCGCCGCUUCCACAUCGAGAACUUCACCUUUGAAGCAGGACCAACGCUGCCCUCGGUUGACCAGGCCUACCUCGACAUCAACCCCGGAGCAAGCAGGACGGCACUCAUUUUCACCUGCUUCCGUGGCCGUCUCCGGUCCACUCUGACCUUUGCCAAAGGUGCUCUUCGUCAUCAUAGGAUUAUCGUCGUCGCACUCUUCGGCAAUGGUGAAUCAUCGAGUCCUUCCAAUACGGCCAACUUCCCCUGCUCAUCGUUGGACUAUCGAGACUGCGUUCGUGCGCAGCACGCGCUGCUCACUCGCCACCUGAAGAUCUCUGUAGUGGACAUUGCUGUGGGAUUCUCUAUGGGAGGGCAGUGCGCCUACUACUGGAUGGUGACGCAUCCCGACAUGGUCCGGAGCGCAGUUAUCAUCUGCUCCUCAGCACGAACAAGUGGACAUAAUUAUCAGUUUCUGGAAGGCCCUAAAGCUGCCCUGCAGAAUUCCAUCGACUACGUGCAAGGGGCCGGUUACAAUAGUAUCCUCAAACCGCUCAGAGGACUACGCGCCUUUGGCAAGGCGUACUCCGCCUGGUUGACAAGCCCCGAGUGGUUUGAUCAGAAACUGUAUAGAACCCAUGGCUUUGAAUCUCAAACAGCAUGGGACAGUGUCGUGGCUGGAACCAAUUACAAUGAUUGGGACCCCGACGACCUUCUCGCCAAGAUCAGCAUGUGGCAAAGGGGGGACAUUACUGUCGCCCAGCGCCCGGGCGCAACCCGAUGCUUGUCUUUAGAGGGCACACUUUCACAAAUUGACGUUCCCAUCUUGUUGAUGCCCUGCCUGACCGAUCAAUAUUUCCGAUGGGAGGCUGCAGAAAGGGAGUCUAAGAGCAUUCCCCGGGCGAUCAUCAAGGUGAUCCCUUCCGUCUGGGGGCACUUGGCAGGCUCGGGAGCCCAUACAACGGAUACCGAGUGGAUGGACAGGGCAAUCGUGGACUUCAUUAGAGGGUCUGAAGUGUAG